AUGGAUUUGCCCUCAGGACCAGAGAUGCCUGCGCCCAAAUACUGUAGUGUGACCACAACGUUGAAGGCCCCUUUCUGGGACAGCACUGCUUCUCCUUGGGACUUGGCUUUCACCUGCCCCUUUGCUUUCCGAGCUCCCUGUCUCUCCAGGUACAACCUCCUCACAAGGUAUGUGUCUUACUACCCUCAUCUCCACAUUGUGGACCCAGCAUGGCAGGGGCCUGGCUGGCUAGGAAGACUUGGAGGUGCUGUUGGCACAUGGGUCUUGGCAAGAAGGGAACCAGAUGGCUUUUAUUACCGGGCUCAGAUAAAAGCUGCUCCAGAGCUGGAGAGGCAGGGGACGAUGCUUGUGGAAUUUGAGGUUCCCCUUGUCACAGACCCAAAGCAGUCAUCCCAGCAGCAUAGUGUGGUCUUGGAAGAAGAAGUUGUUCCACUUUCACCGCCCAUGGCAUACAUACUGCAACCUGGGGACAAGGUGCUGGCCCCCUGGGAGCCAAAGGGGCAACGUUAUGGCCCUGGCACUGUUCUCUUAGGCUUGAAGAUCAGGGACCCUCAGAGAGAAUCAAAGGAUGAAAAAAUGACUAUUCACUUCUGGAACGGCAAGACCACUAAAGUGCCCAUAGGUGAGGCCAUCUGGGUGCCCCCAGCUAUCUGGAAGAUGGCUGUGGAGCGGCUGCACAAGCCUUUCACCAUGGAGCACCCUAGUCCCCUCCUCUGGGCCCCUUGCUGUUCUCUGCUGGAACCAGUCACCGGAUGUGUCACUAAUGGGUUUCCUCUGGGUACUCCAUUCUUGUGCCCUCCCUGCUAUCCCCAUGCCUGCUGCCAGCUAUUGUGUCAGGGCUGCCUCUGCUGCUGUCCCUCAGCUGGAACCACCUGGUGGCCUCUAAACUGUACCUCUGAGGUCACAGCCAGGGAACUUCCGGAGCCCACAACACAGCUUUUGCCACUAGAAGGUCCUAAAGAGAAUGAGGUAGCAGUGCAAGCACCCAUGGUUUCUUCUUCCUCCUCCUCCUCUUCACAAGAGGAUCUGGGGAAUGAUCAGGAUAUAGGCCAUCCCCAAAGAUUGAUGGUGGAUAGCACAGUCAACACAGACCCUACCCUUCUUGAGAAGUCUCCAGGUCAGAGUGGCAUUUGCCAGCCAGAAUGGAGGUACUGGAGGAGAAAUGGCCCUGAGCCAUGUCCUAGGAAGCCAAGUAUACCAGGCGCACAGGGUACUCUACUAACACCAGGGCUCAUGCUUGCAGCUCCCUAUCCCACCAUGUGGCUCCCAGGAAUCUGA